AUGAAACCUUUUAGUCGACCUCAGAGUUUGCCCUGCUGGCGUCAACUCGAGAGAACUUUGUCGUCCAACCAUUUUUGCCAGUCUUGGGCGGUGAAGCUGCUGCUGAUGGAAGGGUCGAUGAUGCCGUCCAAUGCGACGGUCGGAGUGACGUGCACGCUUUGCAAGCGAGCGAAGCGGAUCGCAAGCUUCAGAUUCGCGGUGGCUGAGCCCGGAUAUUAGCUGUGGCGUCAGCAAGAUACCUUUGGGAGUGAAGAACGCUCACCUGGGGUUCCACUGUUGCCCUCUCCGACCCUGAUCGCAUCCCGAAACGCGUCGCGAUCGACACCAUGCUGAGCCGCCAAGUCGGCAAGUCGAUCGCGGGUCGCGUUCGGCGUCUCCUUCGAGCAUGGUUCGUCGUAGUAGGCUUUUUGUCCGUCCAUGAGGGCGUAGAAGAACGCGCGGAACUUGUCUCCGACCUCGGGGUCACUGUAGGAGGAUUUGCCUGA